UCUUCUCCGUCCUCUCUCAACAGAAAAACAAACAUUUCUCGCACACACUUCCUCUAUCUAAACAAAUAUCUCUGUCCUCUUCGCCUUCACUCUCCAACUUCCUCUCUCUUUCCGAUCCAAAGAAAAUUCUGCUGUUGGGUUUUGGAUUUUCUCUGGUGGCUUGGUGUUUGUGUUGUUAUACGUAAUUACAUAUAUAUAUAUAUAUAUCUAGAUUUAUACAUAUUAUAGUAUCUGUAUAUAUAGGUAUGGUGAUGACGGCGGUCUUGCCGAGAAAAUCGAUAAACUCGGUGUUCCAGAGAGUUGGGGUUGGUAGUUUCGGCGGGAGCAGCCAGAAGAGGUGCAAGUAUGAUAUUCAUGAGGAGGAAGAUGGGACCAUGGAGAUGGUGCAGAUUGGUGCUGAGAGGACCAAGAAUGUGCUCAUCUUGAUGAGUGAUACUGGUGGAGGUCAUCGGGCUUCCGCCGAGGCAAUUCGGGAUGCUUUUCACUUGGAAUUUGGGGAUGAAUACAGGAUUUUUGUAAAGGAUGUUUGGAAGGAGUACACGGGCUGGCCAUUGAAUGACAUGGAGCGUCAAUACAAGUUCAUGGUGAAACAUGUACAGCUUUGGAAGGUUGCUUUCCAUAGUACCUCUCCUCGAUGGAUACACUCCUCCUAUCUUGCUGCUAUAGCCGCAUUUUAUGCCAAGGAGGUAGAGGCUGGUCUAAUGGAGUACAAGCCAGACAUUAUCAUUAGUGUCCAUCCUCUUAUGCAACAUAUCCCUUUAUGGGUUCUUAAAUGGCAAGGUUUACAGAAGAAAGUUAUUUUUGUCACGGUCAUUACAGACCUCAAUACCUGUCAUCGCACAUGGUUUCACCCUGCAGUCAACCGAUGCUACUGCCCCUCAGAGGAGGUAGCAAAGAGGGCUUUGCUAGAUAGCCUAGAAGAAUCUCAAAUCCGUGUCUUUGGCUUGCCUAUCCGGCCCUCAUUUUGCCGUGCAGUUCUCUCCAAGGACUAUUUACGAGUAGAACUUGAGAUGGAUCAGAAUUUGCCGGCAGUUUUGCUGAUGGGAGGUGGUGAAGGAAUGGGUCCUGUGGAGGAAACUGCAAAGGCUCUUGGAGAUUCUCUGUAUGAUGAAGAACUUGGGAAGCCAAUUGGGCAACUGAUCAUCAUAUGUGGUCGUAAUAAGUUACUAGCCUCUACACUAGAACCACUUGAAUGGAAGAUCCCGGUUAAGAUUAGAGGUUUUGAGAGACAGAUGGAGAAGUGGAUGGGUGCUUGUGACUGCAUCAUUACAAAAGCCGGACCUGGUACUAUUGCAGAGGCAUUGAUCAGAGGGCUUCCCAUCAUUCUCAACGACUUCAUUCCUGGACAAGAAAAGGGGAACGUUCCUUACGUAGUGGACAAUGGGGCAGGUGUGUUCACUCGAAGUGCAAAGGAAACAGCCAGGCUUGUGGCCGAAUGGUUCAGCACCAAAACAGACGAACUCAAGAAAAUGUCAGAGAACGCUCUCAAACUAGCACAACCUAAUGCUGUGUUCGACAUUGUGAAGGAUAUUCAUGAACUUGCAUGCCAACGGGGGCCCCUAGCCAAUAUCCCCUAUAUGCUUACAUCAUCAUUUUCUAGCAUAAUUUGAUCAAUCUUAUCUGCAUCGAUCAUUCAUUGGGGCCAAGGUUUGCCCUACUAAGAUGACAUGUACAGGUAGGUAGCUUUCAUAGUAUCAUUCUUUGGCUUUGGAGGCUCGGUGCCCAUUCCAAGUUGUAAAUUUUUGCUAGAUAAUCUUUGAUUAGUGGAAGAUCUGGUUUCUUUUUUUCUGUUUUUCCAUUCUUUGGGGAGAAGAUAAAAAUGUGGUGGUGUAUUUUCAACUUUCUAUGUUGUAGUGUUCAAAAUUUAAAUCCAAUUGAUCUCAGUUUGUUGCUUGUCUAA